UCCGGUGGCAGCGGCAUUCGGGCGUCGGGUGACGCUAGGCGGACGAAUCGUCACGUGACACGGAAGUGACUACGAACAGGAAGAGGACGAAAAAAAUAACCGUCCGCGACGCCGAGCUGAACCGGACCCGCAGCCACCAUGAACAGCAAAGGUCAAUAUCCAACGCAGCCAACCUACCCGGUGCAGCCUCCCGGGAAUCCUGUGUACCCUCAGACCUUGCAUCUUCCUCAGGCUCCACCCUAUACUGAUGCUCCACCUGCCUAUUCAGAGCUCUAUCGUCCGAGCUUUGUGCACCCAGGGGCUGCCACAGUCCCCACCAUGUCAGCUGCAUUUCCUGGCGCCUCACUGUACCUUCCCAUGGCCCAGUCUGUGGCUGUUGGACCUUUAGGUUCCACAAUCCCCAUGGCUUAUUAUCCAGUUGGUCCCAUCUAUCCACCUGCCUCCUCCCCCUGGAUGCCCUCCCAAUGCUGCUCAGCUGGCAGUCAUGCAGGGAGCGAAUGUCCUCGUAACUCAGCGGAAGGGAAACUUCUUCAUGGGUGGCUCAGAUGGCGGCUACACCAUCUGGUGAAGAACCAAGGCCACCUCUGUGCCGGGAAAGACGUCACAUACCUUCAGCACUUCUCACAAUGUAACUGCUUUAGUCAUAUUAACCUGAAGUUGCAGUUUAGACACAUGUUGUUGGGGUGUCUUUCUGGUGCCCAAACUUUCAGGCACUUUUCAAACUUAAUAAGGAACCAUGUAAUGGUAGCAGUACCUCCCUAAAGCAUUUUGAGGUAGGGGAGGUAUCCAUUCAUCAAAUGAAUGUGGGUGAAGCAGCCCUAAGGAUCUUCCUGUAAUUCCUCUGGAGUAAUACUGUACCAUACUGGUCUUUGCUUUUAGUAAUAAAACAUCAAAUUAGGUUUGGAGGGAACUUUGAUCUUCCUAAGAAUUAAAGUUGCCAAAUUAUUCUGAUUGGUCUUUAAUCUCCUUUAAGUCUUUGAUUUAGGUUACUUGUUACAAAUGAACUGCAUUAGCUGUCUGCCUUUUCCUUUUCGUCCUUUGCCCCAUGUUCCACCCUCAGCCCCGGUCUUCGAUACCUUCCCGCCAAUCUCCAUUGAAUCAAUGGUGCAGGACAGAAAGCCAGUCAGACUAAUUUCCUUCUCUCCUUGCACUUGUCCUCACUCGUCAUCUUUUAACCAGUCUUUCACAAGGAUCCUCUGAAACCCCCUCUGUGCCCCAAGCACAGCCCCCAUUACUUCUGCUUUUGCGUCUCUUCAGGCAGAAGUGGAGGGUGCCUUUUGGACCCUCCUUGUAGGCUGUCUCUUCAUACACGAACCAAACCCAAAUUUGCUUUGGUGCCAGAAAAACUGAGCUUUGUUCAACAAAGGAUAUCAACACAAACUAUCAUAAAUAGCAGCUUGCUUAUCAUUUCAGGGGCAGGGAGGAGGGUGCAUUUAAAAGCCUGAUGACUCUAGAGCCAAAUUAAGGGAAGUUUUCAGAUCAAAAAUUGGUUACCAUUUGUCAGUGUCUGAUGCAGCCACUCAUGGCUCUAAGAAUUCCCGAGCUGGGUGAACGGGGUUGUAUUGUGAAUGGCUCACUACAAAAUGACUUGAGUCCAGUGAAAUCCCAUUAGGGUUAGGAAUAUUUCAGGGAUCCUUAAUUUUUUGAUUUUUGUUUUCUAAAAUUGGAUUUUAUUUUAUUUUAAGUUUAAGUUCAUCUAAAUUUUGUGUUCUGUACAUGUGAUGUUUGACUGUACCAUUGACUGUUAUGGAAGUUCAGCGUUGUAUGUCUCUCUCUACACUGUGGUGCACUUAACUUGUGGAUUUUUUAUACUAAAAAUGUAGAAUAAAGACUAUUUUGAAGAUUUGAAUAAAGUGAUGAAGUUGCAUUACACCUCA